AACAGAAACAACCCCACCUCGGCCCUUUCAGCUCGGAGAACUGCUUGAAGCUAUUAAAACCCUACAAAAACUUACGAAAGAACAUCCUGGUUAUGACUCGUACCGGUCUCCUUGUGAUGGGCCCUGCGGGCUGCGGAAAGACUACUUUUUGCGCAGCACUGAUGACGCAUAUCAAGAACUCUGGAAGAACAGCACAUCUCGUCAAUCUUGACCCGGCGGCGGAGCGCUUCGAAUGGGAACCCACAGUGGAUAUCCGUGAUCUCAUUUCACUGGACGAUGUCAUGGAGGAGAUGGAGUACGGUCCGAACGGUGGACUGAUAUACUGCUUUGAGUUCUUGAUGAACAACCUUGACUGGCUCGACGAGGAGAUUGGCGACUUUGAGGAUGACUAUUUGAUCUUCGACAUGCCCGGCCAAAUCGAAUUGUAUACACACGUUCCUGUUCUACCAUCGCUUAUCAAUCACUUGAAAAUGAACCUCUCUUUCAACCUCUGCGCAACCUACCUGCUGGAAUCACCAUUCAUCGUGGACAGAGCCAAGUUCUUCGCCGGAGUCAUGAGUGCAAUGUCAGCAAUGAUCAUGUUGGAGGUACCACAUGUUAACGUUAUGUCGAAGAUGGAUCUAGUGAAGGGUCAGGUUACGAAGCGGGAUAUGAAGCGAUUCUUGGAUCCUGAUGCACUACUGUUGACAAACGACGUGAACGAGAAGACGAACCCAAGAUUUCACGAGCUGAAUCAGGCGCUAGUACAACUCAUUGACGAUUUCCACAUGGUCAGUUUCUUGCCGCUGGAAAGCGGGGAAGAAGAGAGCGUGGCGAGGAUUUUGAGUUAUGUGGACGACGCAACGCAGUGGGCCGAGGGACAAGAACCAAAAGAACCGAAGGAUGCUGUUGAAGAUGAAGAUGUGGAUGCGGACGCAGGACCGGUUGAGUUCUAGACACGAUCGUGAAUGAAGCACACCAGUCGUUAUUGUGAUGGGCACAUGUGAUAUUGACCAUGAUCGAUUGCAAUGUUGGUGAGGGUGGUGGUGCAAGGGUGGUGGAGCGAGGGUGGUGGUGGAUGGUGGCGGCCGAACAUCGGUAGGCGU